UUGGAUUGCCUUCGAAAUUCCACUUACGAAUUCUCUGCUUUCGGCCAUGAAGUAUCUGCGUUCGUUGCUGGCUCUGGGGAGCACAACUCUGCGUAUCCUCUUUGAGUGGUUGGGCCUGUUGAACCCCGUCACCCUGGUACUGGCCACGCUCAAUCUGCUCUGCUUAGUAGUGUGGCUGGACUACCAUUUCCGGCAAUAUGGCUGCGAUCUACUCUUCUGGCAGAAGGAGCUGAGCCAGUUCCCCCACGAGUACAUUCUCACGGGCAUCUUGAUGACGGCCGCGACCUAUGUGCUGGUCUCAGUCGUGGAUGUCGUUGUCUUUACGGCCCUGCUGCGUCGUAACUUGCGCGAGUUCAACAAGCCGCUCCUCCACUACGAGGAACGCUACCGACGAUUCGUGUUGAUACGUCUGGUGCGGCAGCUGGAGCACGCGCUUGUGAUGCAGACACUCUCGGCCAAUGCGAGUCAUGUGGCGGUCAAGAACAUGUGCGAGGCACAAAGGAUGAUCAAAGAGGCGAUCAACAUGUUUCGCACCUCGGUCAAGGUCCUACUGUGGCCGAACAGAUCCGAUCUGCAUGAGGAUCCGUUCAUCCUCUACCACAUAAACGAGGGACAGCUGGAAGAGCUCAAUGCACACGGCUAUUGUUUGGGCGAUGUGGAUUCACUGGAUCUGGGCAAUCAGUAUUUGAAAUAUUUGCUUAACCCUUUUUGGUAUUGAAAUUCUUGUUACUCUGACAAUAAAUUAAA